AUUAAUGGUUUUGUGACAGAUACGCAUGUGGAUCUAAAUAAUAGAUUGACAUUAAUGAUUCCUGACACACUAUACUUUCGCAAUUCUUGCUACAGAUACAUAAGUAGUUGUAUAAAGAAUGGAGAAUUGUCUAUAGCAUGCUAUACCGCAGUCUUUCGGAGAAAUUGAGGCGAGUAAUCAUGCUAGAAAAUUUUUUACGAGAGUACAAUACCAACCGCAUACUGUUGUCGGCCACAGGUCUCUGGCCGUUUCAAAAUAAGCUCGUGAAAAAUUUAUUAUGGACUUUCUGCUUCUUGGUCGAAAUAAGUUAUUAUCCAUUCGAGAUGUUGCUAUUGUACGAUCAUCUGGAUAAUGCACAAUUGGUUUUUGACGGUUGCUUUCAAAUUUUAGGCUCGACACAUUUCAUCGCAAGGCACUUAAAUGGUGUCUUUAAUUUUGAUAAAUUGCGAUGGAUAUAUGAAACUAUAGACGAGCAUUGGAAUAUAUUUACGAAUGAUAUAGAAGUUCAAGUCAUGAAAGAAUAUUCUAUGUCGUCGCGAAAAUUUGUGAAAUAUUAUUCAAUACUAUUCUUUUUCACGUUAUGGGUGGUUUGUGUAUUAGCGCCGUUAUCACCGAUAUUCCUAGACGUCAUAAUGCCUCUUAAUGAAUCACGUACGCGAUUUUUUUUGGUCGAAGUUGAAUUCAGAGUGAAUAAACAAGAUUAUUUUAUACCAAUUUUUUGUUACACUACCAUUGUACUCAUGGUCGGUAUGACCAUCAUGGUGGGUGUUGAUGCAACGCAUAUCGUAUGCACUGCACACGCAUGCAGUUUGUUUGCGGCUAUCAGUAAGCAAAUUGAAAAUAUAUUUUCAAAAGCCAGUAAUAGUAAAAAAAUCGAUAAAAGUGGAUAUAACAUGAAUAUAGAACUUGAUUCAUCAAGCGAGGAAAUAAUAUACCGCGAAUAUAUAUUAUGUUUAAAGAAACAUCAACUUGCUAUAAAAUUUGUAAACGUAUUAGAAUCAUCAUAUCAAGAGCUUUCGUUUCUUUUGUUACUAUUGAUUAUUGCAACUUUAAGUUUAGUGGGAAUUCGAAUUAUCCAUGUAUUACACAAAAUCAAUGAAUUAAUGAAAUUUGCAUGUAUAAUUGUUGAAGUAUUAGUGGCUCUGAUGAUCGUGAAUUACUCUGGUCAGAGAUUAAUGGACGAAAGUCAGAAUCUAUUCUACCGAGCAUACGCGACAGAAUGGUACAAUUUCUCGCCUAGAUUAAAAUCUUUAAUGAUAAUAACUCUUUACAGAAGUAAUGUACCAUGCGGAUUAAAAGCAGGUAAUAUGAUCCCAUUAUCUAUUACCACUUAUGCGGCGGUAGUACGAAUGGCCAUGUCCUACUUCACAGCGUUUAUGUCAAUUCAAGAUUGAUGAAUGAAUUUUUACUUAGUUUUUCACUAAUUAAUUGUCGUUUAAUAUGUUACAAUGUUAAUAAAUAGUAAAAAAAAUUUAUGUUAUUUAUCCCACAAUAAAAU